AUGACUGCAGAAAAGAGCGAGAUCACGCCGGCUGGACAGGGUCCUCCGGAUGCUACAAUUGACUCAGAGAGCAACCAAGAUGCCAUUUCAGCUCCGACAGAAGCUCUGCGCAAGCUCUGGACCAAGUUUCCGCUUACCUUGGCAUUCGUCGGCCUUUUUGUCAUGAACUUUUGCAUGGUAUUUGCCGCGUCCUCAGCUGGCGUUUAUGAUCCAUACGCCACCAGCCAUUUCCAAGGCCAUUCGCUUAUUGCUACGGCAAAUAUCGUUCAUGGCAUUGUUCGCAUUGUCGGUUAUCCACUCUUGGCCAAGGUUGCAGAUCAUAUUGGGCGACCACAGGGAUUUGCUGGGGCUGCGAUUAGCAUGGCUCUGGCGAAUGUUCUCUAUGCGGCGUGCCGCAAUGUUGAAACAUAUCUUGCUGGCGGUAUUUUCGAAUCGUUUGGCGAUACAUGGUGGACAAUAACCGAGCAGAUCUUCAUCGCCGAGGUGACAUCCCUGAUUAACAGAGGCUUCCUCUUCACCCUCCCAGAAUCACUCGCUGCCAUACCGACUUUAUACGCUGGCACGUAUCUCGGUGAGCAUAUGCUGCUCAAGUCCUCUUGGCGCUGGGGCUUUGGCAUGUGGGCUGCCAUCAUGCCAUUCUGUGCACUACCGACUAUCGCCGUUAUGGUGUUUAUGAGUAUGAGGGCGCGAAAGAGGGGUAUCGUGAGUCACCGAACUUCAUUGCGCGCUGCUUCUGAGAUACCGAAGGGCGCGUCUUGGGUAGUCCAAGCUAGGCAAGUUCUCUAUGUCCAGUUGGAUAUCGUCGGAGCGUUCUUGUUACUUGCGGGUCUCGCCAUGACUCUUCUUCCCCUUUCUAUCACUGGAAGACGCAACACUGACAAGUGGUCUGAGCCAUCAUCUAUCGUCUUGUUGGUAGUUGGCGUCGUCACAUUUGUUGCAUUCUUGAUCUGGGAUGGCCGGUAUGCUAAGAAGCCAAUUGUACCUUUCCGUAUGAUCAAGAACCGCAACGUCAUAUUGGCUUGUGUUUCAGUAUGUUUGAUCGCAAUGUCGGACUCGACGUACCGCACAUUUGCUUCUAGCUUUUUGCAAGUUGCUGGUGGCUAUUCUCCAGGGCAUGCAGUUCGCAUUGACAAUUCUCGACGUGUUGCGUUGAACCUUGGUGGUCUUGUCAUUGGCUUGGGUAUCCGCUUUGUCAAGCACACUAAACCAUUCAUCAUCCUCGGCUUCAUAAUGGUUGCCUUAGCGAACGGACUUCCGAUUUACUUUACAAAUAUUGACGGAGCUCGAGUCGCGAAUGAGGCGUCAUUGACCACCGGGCAAGUCCUGCUUGGCCUUGGUCGUGGUUUCGCCCAGGUGCCACUCCAGGUCUCUUUGCAGGCCGCUGUUCCAGACCAUGAGAUUGGCAUUGCAACAGCCAUUAUCGGAGGAGCAUUAUGGAACACCCUGCUUCCCCGCCGCCUCGCUGCAAACCUCCCAGAAGAAGUCAAGGCCAACAGCACUGCAAUCUUCCGUUCGAUCGUAGUUGCACAGAGCUACGAGUUGGGCACUGAGACGCGUGAUGCGAUUAACCUGAGCUAUCGCAUGACACAACAGACCCUCGCUAUUGGAUCUCUCUCCCUGUCUAUCCCGCUCUUGUUGAUGAUGUUCUUCUUCCGAAAUGUCAAGCUAGCCAAGGAGGAUAACGAGAGGAACGAGAUUGCAGAGCAACAGCUUGCUGCAGCAGAGCAGAAGGUUGGGAACGGACAAAAUGAGACGAGCGAGAAGAAGUAG